AUGAACAUGAAUGAUGAUGAUCCAUGGGAGAUCAAGAAGGUCUUGGAAGAGAGUGAUGUAUGUUGUUGUAGGCUUUUGUUGAAUAAGGAUUUGACUUAUAAUUUUGUAAUUCUUGUGUUGAUGGGUGGUGCUGAAGCUGCUAAGCAGAAAGAAGAAGUGAAAGUUCAAGUAUGGGAUGUUGACACAAAAUCUCGUCAUUCUCUGGUUUUCAAGAUAUGGACUUCUGCACCAAGUCAUGUUUUCAUCAAGAUAUGGUUCUAUGACUUUGUUCUUCGAAGGAAUUUAAAGAAAGGAGAUGUAAUUGGUUUUCAUUGGGAUCAAGCAAACCAACGAUUUAAUUUCUCAGUUCUCAAUAGCUCUAAUUAG